UCCUUAUGCAAGGCGUCAACACGUCUCAAAAUUUAUGUUGCACUAACUAGAAGUGCAAUCAGAUAGAUCAACAUGCAACCCUUUCUUCUAAGACAUUACACGUCCGACUGCAACGAACAAGCCUUUGGCUACGCUUCUUUGCUUUACACGUAGUCUGGCACGAGAAACACCUAGCGCCUGGAGCAUCAUUUCGGGAAGCGGCGGUGGUGGUUUUGAUCCUUCCACAAUCGCAGAGUUGUCCCAAAAGUUAACGGCGACGUCGGCGAGAAAGAAGCAGAUUGAUGCAUGGCUUCUUCUUGCCUCAGAAAGGUUAUUUCAUGCCAUAUUUGCCGGAGGUGUAGCCUCAUCCCUCGGAGAAGCCUCUCUUCUGCGCCAACGUCCCCGGGAAAUCACCAAUCAGAGGAAGGUGGGGAGAGGGGCAGCCGGGGGCCCUUCGCCUCCCUCCUCAGGAGCCGCUCAGUCGUCCGAUUCCGAGGCCCUGACACCAUCAAGUUCUUACACGGCCUUCUCACCAACGAUGUCCGCCCGUUCGCAGAGCCCCCAAAGGAGGAGCUUGCCUCCAUCCCCACCCCCAACCAGCCCCUCCAUUCCACCUCGCCCAUCUACUCCGCAAUGCUCACAGCCCGCGGCCGCUUCCUUUACGACUUUUUCUUUUAUCGCCCAGCCUCGCCCGAACAGAAGCUGGACCCUUCUGGCGCCGGUCCUGGCUCUGGCGCUUCUGAGAUGAGCCUCUACGCGGAUGUUGAUUCUCAGUGCGUGGAUGAGAUCCUGGAGUUCAUGAAGAGGUACCGCCUGAGAGCUAAGGUGGAGAUCGAGAACGUGGCCGAGGAAUUCUCUUGCUGGCAACGUUUUGGCACUUUUGAUGAGCCCUCAACGGCUGGUGAACCGGAGGCUGCAGCAGUCGGAUGGGGUAGUGCAGUUGAUGAUACGGGUAGCUCGGCUGCACAAGGAAAUAGUCAUGGUUGGCGAUGGUUCAGGGAUCCUCGGUUAGCUGCCCUUGGUUUUCGGGGAAUCUUCCCAUCUGACCAAACUCUGAUUCUUCUGGCUCUUGUAGCUCCACUGGUUGAAGCCGACAAGGAAGUUGAUGAGCAACAUUAUAUUCUAUGGAGAAUAGAAAAAGGUGUUGCAGAGGGUUCAACUGAAAUUCCCAAAGGUAAAGCAAUCCCUCUGGAGUUCAAUUUUGUUGGCUUGAAUGCAAUCAGCUUCGAGAAGGGAUGCUAUGUUGGUCAAGAGUUAAUUGCUCGUACGCAUCAUCGUGGCAUCAUCCGCCAGCGUCUGCUCCCUAUGAUCUUUGUCGAUGGACAGGGCAAAGAGAUGGAAGCUAAGGUCGGUCCAGGAGCAGAAGUUGUGAAUGUUUCGUCAGGUAACAAUGCAGGUUCAGUGACGAAGGCAGUUGGCUGUCGAGGCAUAGGUGUUUUGAGACUGGAAGAAGCCCUUAAAAGCUCUAGUUCCUUGAGAAUUAGGGAGCAUGAGAAUGUCCAUGUGAAAGCUAUUCGUCCAGAGUGGUGGCCGGCAGAGUGGGGUCAUGAGCAGGAAGAAGACUCGGACGUUGUUUAGAGCUGUCCCUAGUUCUCAUCCUUUUUAUUCAACACCCUUGCCUUGUAGACUGAUGUUGUGAAUUGUGGAAGUUGGCAACCUGCCCAGCUAGUUCAUUGAUGGGCAUCACAGGUGGGAGAGAUGAAAGUUGAGAUAUCAAUUUUGUACCGUGAUCAGUAGUAAAUGUACUGAAAUUGAGUUGCUGGCAAAGUGAUGGAAAAGAAAAAUAAUAGUUA